AAGCAUUGCAGCAUACACUUGUCAGUACGGAAGAAAGAAACAUUUGUCAGUGUUUACGAGUUUUAUUUAGUCAAAAGUGCCGUAAAUCCUCACCAUGUGGAGCUUUCUUCUUCUCUGGUCCUGCAUGCGUAUCAUUGUUGUUGGUGCUCCUGAAACAGUCACAGGACACAGAGGAGAGAGACUUGACAUCAGAUGUGCAUAUAAAUCUGGAUAUGAAUCAAAUUCAAAGUAUUUGUGUAAAGGCGAGUGUAAAUUUGGAAAUAAAAACAUCAUGGUUAAAUCAGGAUCUCCAGCUGAAGACGAGAGAGUCUCUCUGACUGACAACACGACGACCAGAGUUUUCACCGUCAGCAUCACUGACCUGAGAACAGAGGAUGAGGGACAAUACUGGUGUGCUGUGGAGAGGACUUUACCUGAUGUCUAUUCAGAGAUUUUGUUGCUCGUUAAACAGGAUGAGAGGACAACUGAAGUUCCAACCAUCAGCCUGUUUUCACAAACAAGCACAUGUGUUUCAACAGCUCCUCUGACUCAUCAAACCCUGUUAGCACAGACGUCUCCACCUGACUCAGGUUCAUUUGUCGUCAUCAUCAUCACAGCAGGAGGUUUGGUUGUGCUCCUGAUCUGUGCUGUAUUGCUUAUUGUGGCUGCACGGAAGAAAAAUAUGUGUGAUCUGGUUUCCUUCAUCGCUGAAGCGCUUCAUCUGACAUUAAGAAAAGAAGAAGAGAAUGCUUAUGAGACAGAAAACCCAGUUGUUGUCCCAAACUCUCAUACAGCUCAGAGUAAUGACGGUUCUGCUGCAAACACUGAAGCAGUCGACACAGACCUCGACUACAUGAAUGUUGCUGCUGCAGUGAGAAAUUGUGUGAAUCCAGAUCAGAUCUACACAGAACUGAACGCCAGUAGACAGAAUCACAUUUAUCAGAGUCUUACCGCUGAUUCUCUUCAAGAAGAGUCCAUCUAUCACAGUAUCUAUCAAUCAAUCGAGUGAACACUAAAGCCUCAUCAUCAAAUGAUCAACCCUUUUUUUACAGAGUGGCCUUUUAUUGUGGCCAGCCUAAGGCACACCUGUACAAUAAUCAUGCUGUCUAAUCUGCAUCUUGAUAUGCCACACCUGUGAGGUGGAUGGAUUAUCUCGGCAAAGGAGAAGUGCUCACUAACACAGAUUUAGACAGAUUUGUGAACACUAUUUGAGAGAAAUAGGCCUUUUGUGUACAUAGAAAAAGUCUUAGAUCUUUGAGUUCAGCUCAUGAAAAAUGGGGGCAAAAACAAAAGUGUUGUGUUUAUAAUUUUGUUCAGUGUAAUUAAGCUUUCCAUUGAUGUAUGGUUUGUUAGGAUCGGACAAUAUUUGGCUGAGAUACAACUAUUUGAAAAUCUGGAAUCUGAGGGUGCAAAAAAAAAAAAAAAAUGUAAAUAAUGAGAAAAUUGCCUUUAAAGCUGUCAAAAUUUAUUCCUUGUAUGUAUAUAUACAGUAUCUCACAGAAGUGAGUACACCCCUCACAUUUUUGUAAAUAUUUUAUUAUAUCUUUUCAUGUGACAACAAUGAAGAAAUUACACUUUGCUACAAUGUGAAGUAGUGAGUGUACAGCUUGUAUAACAGUGUAAAUUUGCUGUCCCGCCGAAAUAACUCAACGCACAGCCAUUAAUGUCUGAAUCGCUGGCCACAAAAGUGAGUACACCCCUAAGUGAAAAUGUCCAAAUUGGGUCCAAUUAGCCAUUUUCCCGGUGUCAUGUGACUCGUUAGUGUUACAAGGUCUUAGGUGUGAAUGGGGAGAAGGUGUGUUAAAUUUGGUGUUAUCGCUCUCACUCUCUCAUACUGGUCAUUGGAAGUUCAACAUGGCACCUCAUGGCAAAGAACUCUCUGACGAUCUGAAAAAAAAGAAUUGUUGCUCUACAUAAAGAUGGCUUAAGCCAGGGGUGCCAAAUCCUGCUCCUGGCGAUCGCCUGUCCUGCAAAGUUCAGCUCCAACUCUAAUCAAACACACCUGAAGCAACUAAUUAUGUUCUGUAAGUAGCUCAGUGAGUAUAAAUAUGUAUUGCCAUUUCUGUGGAAUACAGUAAGAAGUGCUUCCAAAGUUUUGUGGUUCAUGCAGAAAAAAUUAAAAGAGGUAUUAAAAGAUGGGCUUUUCCAGCUGUGUGUUAAAUUUUGGUCAUUACUGAUGUUAUUUGUGCAUUAUUUGUUUAUUCAUGUGAAAUGCAGGCAGUGGCUCAUCUUAUCUUAUGAGUUUACAGCUCCAUAUGUUUUGCAUAGUUGAACAGUUGUGUUUAUGGCCAGACAGCUGCUGAAGUGAAGUACAACACAAAGUGCUUUGAUUAAUUAAAUGACAAGGAAACAGACAGAAAAACAAAUACAAACACAUAAGAGCUUCACAGCUUUGUGACAAAGGUCUCAUUUGUGUUUAACAUGAUCCAGAUUCAAAUCAUAAUACAGGCGAGCCUACAGUUUAUGGACAACUUAAUUCAUGUGUAAUAUUAAACUCACUUUUAUUUUAUAAGAAACUUCUCUUUUACAGCUUCACUUCUGCUUUAGUGAUUAUUGGCUCCUGAUAAAUUACUGGUGUGUUUCCUCAUUUGUUUGUAUUUUCUCUUAUGGUAAAUAUGUCUGCAUAAUGAUUAAAUGUAAUAUUUUAAUUGUAUUGUGAUCAUUUACUUAAGUGAAUUAUCAAGCAUGUUUUAAAGUGAGUGUUAUGGGAUCAAUUUUACAUCUAAAUGUAACAAAACUGUAAGUCUCGCUUCGUAGGGGAAAUGAAAACGUUACACUGGAAGACUUAAAAGUGAAAGGAUCCUAGCCCCCACUCUGGUGCUUUGAGUCUCAAUAUGCACAAUGUGUGAAUAUGUUUUAUCUUACACUAUUGUAUAAUAUAUUAUAGGAACAGGUAGUGUGGGCUUCAGGUCAGUAGGUGUCAACACGGAGGCUUCCUGAAGUGUAAACGUGAUGUAAAGUGACAACUCAAAUUCACAUUCCCACCCUCCUAAACCUGAUUGUGCAAGUAAGACGUCCCUACUCCAAGGUAAGUAAAAAAAAAAAAAAAAAAUAAAUAAAUAAAUAAAUAACUUUCAACUGUAUUGCUUUAACAAUUACUGAUUUGUUUUUCCUUUCCUUAGGAAACUGGAUUUCUGUCUUAAAAGUUGUUUCAAUAAAAUAAAAUAAUAAAAUGAGAAAUAAAAAUAAUAACAAGUUCUCUGGAAUUUCCUUUCAACCUUGGUAAACCUUCAAAAAUAUUGACAAUUUCAAACAUUUCUGUAUAACACCUCAAAAUUAAGUUUCACAAAAUUGUUUUCAAUAUCAGGACACAAGCUGUUUAACAAAUGGAUGGAUGGUCACAAACUCUUAUACUGUAGUUCAAUUCGAAUAGCUCACUUCGAAUUACUCGCUCCAAAUAACUCAUUUCAAACGAUUCUUAUGAAUCAAUUAAUGAUUCGGUUUCCUUUGAGAGUGUCGAUUUGAACUGUGUUUGUGAGGACUCAGUCAGUUCAUUCCAACACUCAGUUCGGUUCAGUCAAUAUCAGUAAAGUGUUUGUGUACAUGUAAAGAACUGUUGUACCGGUCUGUAGCAACGAUGGCUUGGAGGCAACAACGAGUCAAACAGCUGAAAUAGGACAGUGAGAUGUGAUAAGGAUGGCAGGGUAAUAAAAAAAAAAACAACACGAGAAGUUUCAGCGCGGCCCAGGAAAAAAAAAAUUCGGGAACCUUCUGGAACAAAAUGGAGCAGAUCAGCCACAGGAUGCACGCGACACACCUGAACAGGGUCUGACUUGCAGGAAAAAGUGCUUCUCAAAAGCAAAACUUAAUCGUAGACGAUUGUCAGUCUCUCCAAAAGUGCAAAAAUACUAAAAAAAUAAAUCACUCCGUGGAAAACUAUCGUUCAGUUCAAAAACGCAUCCUCGGGCACUAACAAGUGCACUUAAGUGAUUCGUAGGAAGAAAUCAAUGUCUCUCGCUCUAUAACACAGUUCGUGGAUGACUUGUAAAAACAGCAGAACUCUCAAAAAUGCUUACUGUCAGAAUGACGGAAAAAAAACAACCGUGUUGUGAAUGAAACUCAUGGCUCCAGUAAUUCUCUCUCGUGCUCUCAGCCAGUCUCCAACACCGUUCUCCAUCCGAUGACGCACUCAACCGAACUUCUGCUUCAACUACGUCUCUAGUUCCACACGAUAAUGUCAGUAUACACUAAACUCACGAAACUUAAACUGACCGUGCACCACUGUCUUCCAUUAAACCUCAGGUGGAAAAAAAUAUCGACUUCUCA